UGCCCGUUUCCUCGGAUACCUACUGUACAGGGUUAAGUAGCCAUGUAAGCACAACACGCUUUCCCUGCUCAGUCGAUGAGUGUAUCCUGGCAUAUGGUUUAACCAUUUAAGAGUUUGAGAAUGUAAAACUUAAGAUUGGUGAGUGAAAUUUUAGGAUUUGAGAAUAUUAGAUUUAAGAUUGGUGAGGGACACGUCAGGGUUUGAGAAUGUAAGAUUUAAGAUUGGUGAGUGACAUUUUUUCCGUUUGAGAAUAUAAGAUGUAAGAUUUGUGAGGGACACGUUUAGGUUUGAGAAUGUAAGAUUUAAGAUUGGUCAGUGAAGUGAGUGACGUGAGAGAAGAGAGAAGAGACAAGGAAUCGGUCUCAACUUCAAACGAUGAUUUUGGAGAUUUUUUUUUCACAGUCCAGUACCAUGUCAAUGACAAGGGCCUCGGUAGUUCUUAGUGUGUGUGUGUUUUUUUUUUUAAGAACGGAGGCCUUAUCAUAAGUCUUUAUCAAUUUCCAGUGCUGAUUAGAGCGAACGAAGAUCUGAGGACGGCAUCCACGGGUGGUCGAAUGACUGAGGUACCGGUACACACUUCUACUGGGCAUUUCGACUCGCCACUUGUUGAAGACUGCUACUCCUCCCAGCUGGACCUCUUGUUGAUCGUGAACGGAGACAAAAAAUUUCGGAAGUUUUACGGUAAACAAAUAGAAUUCUUCAGCAAGUUUUUGGAGGUUUUCAGUAGCGGACGAGCAGACGACUUCUGGCGCGUGAACGUUUCCCUGGCUCUCUCGUGCGUGAGCCGGUACGAAAAGAACUUCCAGAUUCUGUUGGAGUUUGGCCAGUACUCCGAGCUGACGGCUCUCCGACGCGCCUUCAUGAACAGCACGCUGCGCCAGUCCACCUGCCUGCUGCCCAAACCCAAGAACGUGUACAGAGCAGCCAUGAACUAUUUAGACAGCGUCUCCGCCCCCGGCCGGCGCUCGCUCAUUGUCCUGCUUACGUUUCGAGGCAUGAAUCGUUUUACGGCCAAAUCGCUCCUCUCCGAGUUGGAACCUGUCCAGAACAGGACCAUAGUGACCAUCUUCGUGAGACAGAACAUUCCCGCCUCCAGGGCCUCCAUGGUAUACGCCGCCUCGCACCACCUGCGCUCUGUGGUCAUUCUGAGCAGCUUCCGAUUCCUGAUGGCGGACCAGGACCUGUCUCUCGCCGUCUGCCGCAGGUGCCACCGCGGCUGGAUCUUCAACUCCCUGAGCAGUCACAGCGGUUCCAUAGCGGCUUCUUCCUGCUAUAAGAUUUUGCCACGAGCCGACAGUCACUGGGUGGACGCCAACCAGCAGUGUUUGAACAUCAAGUCCACCCUGGUGAAAAUUGAGACAGUGGAAGAGCUGACAUUUCUGGAGAACUCUUUGUCUCACCACAUGAACCUGGUGAAGACGGCCAACAGUAGUGCGCCUGACGAACAGAACUUCUUCAUCGGCCUCGCGAGGAACAAGAGGUCGCUGCGGAGGGAGCACGAGUGGCUGAACCGGUUGCCCCUUGUCCACUCUCUCUGGGCCACUGACCAGCCCUACCACAGACACACCGGAGGUUGCGCCUACUGGAGGCGCCCGGCCGGCGGGGGCUCCGGCUACUGGGAGAGUGAGGGAUGCGGUAAGGUCAUCUCUGGAGCGCCUAUCUGUGAGGCUCAGGUGAACGUGGCCGUGCCAAAAGUAGUGGGCGUGACUUGUCCAGUGAGUGAGAUACAGAAAAAGCGAGCACUACAGAGAGGGGAGGUGGCGUUCAAUGUAGAGAAUGGGGGAUCUUUGAAACCAUACACACUCUAUCCCGCCUCCUCCCGGCAAGUGUACGCUGAGCUGCCAAGAAAUAACCUGUCCUUCUCUGUCUACCAAAGACAGACGCAGAUUACGCCUGUAUCUCACAAAGACCUCAGGCUCUUCACAUGUUCUGGCUCGAAGCGAUUGAUUCCUUACACGUCUGUCUGCGAUAACCGAAGAGACUGCCGGAAGCGAGAUGAUGAGAAGUUUUGCAAAAAUGAUGAGGAUGAUGGCGACUACUUCCGGUGUGCAAACGGCGCGCGCGUCCUCAGCGAUUUCGCCUGCGACCUUUUCCCUGACUGCUCAGACGGAAGUGACGAGAUGGGCAUGUGCAGUGCAUGCGCCAACUGGAUGUGCCCGAACGGGGAGUGUCUGCCCAAGCACUGGUUCCUGGACGGCCGUAACGACUGCACCGGAUGUGAGGGGGAGCACGAGGCGGGGCGCGUGGUGGAGCGUGAGAUUGCCGCGCGGCACGGCGUCACGGACUGUGUGUUCACCUGUAACCGGACGGACUGCGUGACCCGCGCCAUGCUGGGAGACGGGGUCCUUCAAUGCACGGGGCCGGAGGGUCCCCUUGACGAGACGGUGGGGGCUCUAGAGUCCAGCUCGUGCUACGGGGAAAACGACGGGGUGGGCUUGAGCAACUGGGGCCCCAGGUGUGUGUUCCUGGAAGAUCCUUACGGCGGCGUGCUGGGCUGUCCCAACCUGCGGCAUCUCCAGGGCUGUGAGGACUUUGUGUGUCCUGAGGGAUACGUGAAAUGUCCUCGCUCCUACUGUGUCCCCGUCCAGUACGUGAGCGACGGCAGGGGACAAUGUCCUCUCGGAGAGGACGAGGUGUUGAUGAAGCUGGACUGCACCGGCCUGUUCCAGUGUCCGGCCUCUGCGAUGUGUCUACACCCGGCUAGCGUCUGCGACAACCGGAGGGACUGUCCUUCCGGGGAGGACGAGCAGAACUGUGACGUCACGUGCCGCACGGGGUUUCUCUGCGUGUCCGGCACGGUGGUCAAGACAGACUACGACAGCAGCCUCCCGCUCACAGACCUGGGCUUCGUGGACGGCCGGACCCGGUACCUGGACGUGAGCGGCGUGGACGUGUCUCGGGCCUUCUACAACUUCACGUGCCGGAAGUGGCGGACCCUGGUGCACCUGGAGGCCAGAGGAAGCAGCCUGCGACUGGACACUUCCGGCUGGUGCCCUGGGGCUGACCUCACCUCCGUCAUAUACUUGGACCUGAGCGACAAUUUUCUGCAAGACUCACACCUCACUUCACUGUUUUCUGCCCUGGACUCAGUCCGUUACCUUCAUCUCUCACACAACCGCUGCUUGAGACGGGUGGAAAUUCCCUGGCUUAAAAAGUUGGCGGUUUUAGAUUUGUCUUUUACUGGUAUUACUUUUUUUAAGCUCCACCCGAGGUUUAGAAAUCUGAACACGCUCAAUCUGAAAGGCACUCAGAUCACGCGACUCACGGCUCACCAGUUCCCGGAAAGUUUAAAAAUCAGCCAGCUCGAUUUGAGGCUCAACUCUAUCAAACACCUAGAGAAGGACAGCCUCUCUGGGCUGAUAAUCAACAAACUGUGGGCCGAUUCUUACAAACUUUGCUGCCCACAGCUCCGGGUUGUGGUCACAGAGUGCCUGGCGCCUUCGGAUCCGUUCUCGUCUUGUGCCAACUUAAUGGAAGGUUUUACCUCACGGACUCUCUUGUGGGUGAGUGGUGUGCUGGCGGUGGCGGGGAAUCUACUGGUGGUCGCUCACCGACUCGUCUUGGACAGGUCCUCGCUCAGACUGGCAUACGGCCAGUUCGUGGCUCACCUCAGCCUGGCCGACUUCCUGAUGGGCGUGUACCUACUGACCAUCGCCUCGGCCGACCUGUACUUCCGGGAUGCGUACUUGAUGCACGAGGCUGGCUGGCGGGAGAGCGCGCUGUGUCACCUGGCCGGCUGUGUGUCCACUCUGUCCAGUGAGACCUCCAUCUUCUUUGUCUUGCUCAUCACUCUCGACAGAUACCUGGUCAUCAGAUUCCCUUUCGGCCAGUACCGGAUCUCCGGCCGCUACGUGCACGUGCUGUGUGCUCUAGCCUGGCUGCUCGGUCUGUCUAUUGCGCUGUUGCCGUUUGUCCCGUCGUUCCGGCACUGGCAGACGUACACGUUCACCGGCGUCUGUCUUGGUCUGCCUCUGAGCGACAGGUCCGUCCCCGGUUUCUGCUUCUCUGUGUCUGUGUUUGUGUUCGUCAACCUGGGCCUGUUCCUCCUGGUGGCCGCGGGCCAGCUGUCCAUCUAUCGAGCCAUGGCUGACACACGCCGCCAGAUGGCGCGCCGGAUGGGCGGCUGGCCGGGGGCGGGGGGGAGAGAGCAGGACCUGGAGGUGACCAAACGCCUGUUUCUGGUGGCGGCUACGGACUUCUUGUGCUGGUUCCCCGUAGCUGUCCUGGGACUGCUCUCUCUCUCCGGCUACCGGCUGGGCUACGACGCCUACGUCUGGUCGGCUACACUCCUGCUGCCCAUAAACUCGGCCAUCAACCCCAUCCUCUACAACGCCCACAACAUCCUCAACACCUCCAAGCGCCUCCUCAAACAUCUGUGGCUAGCGGCUACUGAGGUCAAGGCCACGGCCGCUACUGGAGACAAGGUCCGAGCCGCUCCUGAGGUGAAGUUCAAAGACGCUACUGAGGCCAAGGUCAUCGCCGCAAUAAAGUAAUUGAUAAUGUUUUCGAGGACUAAGUGAAGGAUACACAAAAAGUAACACCUACCACAGACAAAAACAACAGAGAGAACGAAAAAAAGUAGGGCCUACCUGUAACACUAUCCAACCUCCCACACAGACAAAAACAACAGAGGGAAA